UUCAGACACAGUGUCACGUCACCGCAUCUAGCAGUGGUGUUCCGGAUAAGCGAAGCUUCGGGAAACCUCACAAUAUGGACGACGACGUUUUAACUACCUUAAAAAUAUUAAUCAUCGGAGAGAGCGGUGUUGGGAAAUCCAGUUUGCUCCUGAGGUUUACAGAUGAUACAUUCGACCCAGAAUUAGCCGCAACAAUCGGUGUGGACUUUAAAGUGAAAACUAUAGCAGUAGACGGCAACAAAGCCAAGCUUGCUAUAUGGGACACAGCUGGACAGGAAAGGUUCAGAACUCUGACGCCCAGCUACUACAGAGGAGCACAAGGGGUAAUAUUAGUGUACGACGUGACGAAGCGGGACUCGUUCACAAAGCUGGAGAACUGGCUCAACGAGCUGGAGACGUACUGCACACGCAACGACCUCGUCAAAAUGCUCGUCGGGAACAAAAUCGAUAAGGAUAACCGUGAGGUGGACAGAAACGAGGGCCUGAAGUUUGCUCGUAAACACUCCAUGCUGUUCAUCGAGGCGAGCGCCAAGACCAGAGACGGCGUCCAGUGUGCUUUCGAGGAGCUGGUGGAGAAGAUCCUGCAGACGCCAGGCCUGUGGGAGAGCAGCCUCCAGAAUCAAGGUGUUCAGCUCGGAGAGCAGCAGGUGCAGAACUACAGCGCCUGCGGCGGAUACUGCUCCCUCAUCUGACUCUCGCAGUUCCACCGGACUGAGACUGAAAGGAAAACCAAACCAAACAAACUGCGAUUUCCUGCUUCUGAACAAGAGGCGAAGGUCGGCGCCGUCCGGGCAGCCGAAGGACGUUCACACAGCCUGUUUGUCCUUCCACUUCGAUUUCUGUAUGGUGUUUUAUCUAAUUUAUCAAUAGAGCUGCGUUGAAUUAGCGUUGCUGUCACUACGUCACUUAUACUGAAGCAGAAGGACUGAUUCGGACGUCUCUGUCUCUGUGGUUUAGUUAUUACUGUUUAAAAUCAAGGCCAAUUAACUAAUGUGAAGAAAGGGGGCGGGAUUAGUUUCUCUACUCCAGACGUAAACUGUCCUAAAUUUUCCAUCACCCCGUACUUUACCUCCAAGCAUCUUCACUGUAGCUAAUAUAACAUUUAAUACAACACAUUUCCUUUAUUUUUGUAAUAAUUUCCAGUGUUGGCUGCUUUUCCGCUGAUCCUGUCUGCUGUUUUUAUAAUCCGUCUCCUCGCUUAGCAUGAUCCUGCGAGCAUUUCUUCAGAAAUAUUCAUACUAAAAUAGAAGGAAUGCCUUUUUUUUUUUUUUUUUUUUAAACUUCUGCGUCUAAGCAGUGAUCUUAGAUCUGUAGAACGUCACCGUGCAAUAGCUCGCUUCUUUUCAUUUCAUUCGUGGACCACUGAUGUGUACGAUUCUAGCACGCGAGUACUGCUGGGUUUCUUGCCGUCCCGCUUACGCAAACUGCUCAAACCUCAAAACGUUCCUCUUUUGGAAAAGUGUCCGUGUCCUGAAUUACCUGACUUCAGUUGCUUCUCGGUCUCUGACAUUCGUUAUUUUCGACUUUGUUAAGCUGUGUUAAACAUGACCGUGACUGUUGUUCUAACUUCACACUCAGUUGCGAGAACUGGGUUUAAUAUCCUUCGUUUAUGAAAAGGAAACGCGCUCUGAGAGACGAGGGUGCCGUUUGUCACGCCUGGGCUCGUACCUUCACUCCGAAUCUUUUGCCUUCGUCAGAAAGCUAACUAAACCUUUAACUUGAACGUAGACCCUUUUAAAGGCACACUAAAGCUGGGUUAAAAUCACGCAUUAAAGGUUCAAGCUGUAAUAAAACCACUUGAGCAAUGAGUAUCAUUAACGGGUCGUUUUGUGUUUUUUUUUAAAGCCGAGAGUGUGUAUUAAACCUGAUGUUACGUCAAAGCAGGUAUUAGUGCGGCUUUCGUCUGAAAAUCGACAGAUCCGACUGUUCGAAUCCGUUUUAAAGCGGCGAUAUGUAAAAGUGAUGUAUAAAAGCAUGUCCUGAGGCUGGAGACUUCUGCUUUUUCUGAUAUUAACCGAACAUCUUGCAAGCUAAAAAGAGCAUGUGCAGUCAUCGUUUCCUGUAUUUCCACCACUGGUAGUGUGAUAACUCGGAGAGAUACCGUAUAUGCUUGGGUGUAAUGCAUCACAUGAAGCUUAAAGCAGGAUUAGGUGACCUUUUUUUUUUUUUUAAAAGGUUAAUAAACCCACCUGGUAUUAAUCAGACGGAGUUUGGCACUUUUCUUUAUUUAAAUUGCCUAGACCGAUAUUUACCCUGGUGACACUUGAAAAUGAUUAUUUUGGUCUGUAUGGUUCUUUAGCGUACCUUAAAAUUCACAUAAUUAUAAAUUUCUGGAUAAAAGCAUCAUGGAAAAUGAUUAAAUAUAAACAUCUUGUUUAGAUUGAUUGAAAUUUCCAUCAGUUAUCCAGUAGCUUUGGUGCACAGCUCUUUUAUUGGUAUUUAUCUCACGAGCAGUUUUAUGAAGCCGUUGAAGAUCCUCACUGCUCCGAUUUGCUCGAUUCUCGAGGACAGCGCUGUCUGGAUUGCGUUCUGUAAUGAGUUGGGAUCGGAUUGGAAGCGUGUCACUGAGCGCAUCAGGACUUUUUUUUUUCUUUUGCAAUAAAAUUUCACUUAAUCUAACUGCCUUAUCGUUUUCUCUUGUAGAAAUAAAUAUACAGUACAAAUUUGGCUAUACAUAGUUUAUCAGCUGCACUUUCCCGUAUACAGGACCUUUUAGACUUUUCCACAUUUUGUAGUGUUACUACUAGAGCUGGGCAAUCUGAUGAUAUAAUAAUAAUAUUGAUUAUUGUGAUAUCAUGUGUUUUGUUUUUAAUAUAACUUAAUCGUUAAAAUGGUUUGUCUUUUCAUAUUGGAAUUUCUUUCUUUAGGCAUUAAAUAAAGGUAUUAUCAAAUAAA